AUGCCGAGUGACAUAAUUCUCCCGCCUGCAGGAAUCCGCGAGGUCAUCGAAACAACCGCUGGCUACAUUGAUCGCAAUGGCGUCGUAUUCGAAUCCCGUCUCCGCGAUAAGGAGCACAAAUCCCCCAAGUUCUCCUUCCUGUUCCAAGGCGACGCAUACUUCCCCUACUACCAAUGGCGGCUUCGAGAGAUCGGGAACGGCAGAGGUACUGAUGUUUCAGCAGGACGAGUCGGAGAAGCGUCCAAGGAGGCGGAAAAGUCAAAGGGCCCUGUACAGCCGCCCGACUUCGAGUUCUCGGCCCGCAUGCCCAACAUGAACGCGAAGGAUCUCGAUAUCGUGAAGUUGACGGCCAGACACGCCGCCGGGAGGGGCCGCGCAUGGGUAACGGCGCUGUCGCAGCGUGAGAACGGAAACCCUCAAUUCGACUUCCUCCGCCCGCAGCACAGCCUGCACCAAUUCUUUACACGCCUCACGGCUCAAUACGCCGAUCUGAUGAACGCUGGAAGCCAGGACGACGGCCGGAUUGAGAAAGCGCGUGAUGCGCGGCUGGAGCACAACGUCCGAGAUCCCUACCAAAUUCUCGAACAAGCCAAGCAGAGAGCCGAGUAUGUCAGGUACCAAGCACUGCAGAAGCAGCAGGAGGAGGAACAAGCUGAGAAGGACAAGAUGGAGUUUGCCCAGAUUGAUUGGCACGAUUUCGUCGUUGUGGAAACUGUCGAGUUUACGGAAGCCGACGAACAGGCGGACCUCCCGCCGCCAACUUCGAAAAGCGACCUACAGUCCGCUUCGCUCGAACAGAAGGCCAUGAUGUCGCUCAACCAAUCGAAUAUGCGCAUCGAAGAAGCCAUGCCAGGCGAAGAGACGUACUACGUGCCACAUGCGCCACAUGCGCCAGCGGCCCAGAUGCCUCCCCCACAACCAAAUUGGCAAUCUCAGCGAUCAGAACCAGAACCCAUGGAGUACAAGUCGCAGGCUCAACAAGCUCAAGAGGAUGAAGAUGAGCGCCGGAUUCGCGAACGCCAAGAGGAGCGGGAGAAGGCAGCGCAGGCGCAAGCAGCUGCGAAAGGUGUCGGUGGACCUAUGCGUAUCAGGAACGACUACACUCCUCGCGCGCAAAUUCGAAAGCAGAACGUCGGGCUGGCUUUAUGCCCCAAUUGCAAACAGCAAGUGCCUUUCACCGAGCUCGAAGAGCAUAUGCGAAUCGAACUCCUCGAUCCACGCUGGAAGGAGCAGAAGGCCCGUGCUGAUGCCCGUUACUCCACGACGAACCUAUCUACCGCAGAUGUCGCAAACAACCUCAAGCGUCUUGCAAGCCAGAGAAGCGACGUAUUCGACGGGGUCACAGGUCUACCUAUAUCUGAGGAAGAGGCCGCACGGAGGAAGAAGGCUGCAACGAGCUAUGAUGGCCAGCCAGAAAGCAAGGAUGCCGCUCGUAUUGCGCAGAUGCACAGCUUGAACAUUGAGGAGCAACUCAAGCAGAUCAAGCAAAAGUUCACCUCGUGA